AUGGCCAAACUUAGAAAGGUCAUUGAGGCUAUUGGAGAAAUAUUCAAAAGUGAGCAAAACUAUAUUCAAGACCUCCUUAUGUGGGAAAGAGAUUUCAGGAUAUGGAUUCUCAACUGCCCAUUGUUUAGCACCCCAAAGAUUAAGUAUGAAAUAUGUGAUAGGAUAUUUAUUAAUCUGGAAAACAUCCAGAAGCUGCACGAAAACAUCUAUAAAGAUAUGAAGAAGAUGAACCUUAGUAUCUACUCGGAGAUAACGGGAAACCAUGAGUUGAAAAACACGGAGGAAUAUAUGAUUGACAAGGUUGACAUCAACAACCCGAAGAUACAAAAGCUAGAGUAUGUCUCCAUAUACGAGAAGUAUAUUGAGGAGUUUGAGCUAUACAAGGAGUAUGUACGGCGGCUUCCCAAAGCCGAUUUUGAGCUUGAGAAGCUUAUAUUCCGCCUUCCAGAAUUUGAAAAAGGAGUUGAAAACUUUCUGAAAGAAAAAAAUGCAGAGUUCCUAGGUGUGAAGCAUUUUCUGUAUAGGCCGUCUCAGAAACUUGCAAGAUAUCCCAUGCUUUUGAGAGCUGUUGCCAAGAACACAGAGGGAGAACUGAAGAGUGCAUAUGAAAAUUUGAUUGAGAAGUUUAUGAAAAUAGCAAAGAAUGCAGAUAAAGAAUUUAACAGGUUUGGAACUCAAUUUGCCAUCUACAGGCUCGGGAUCAACUUUAGUUAUAAGAAGGAAGUUAGGAACCAACACUGUCUAGCACUGUUUCAGAAAAAACGAAGACUAUUGAAGGAGGGGAAAGUACUGGUAAGAGGAGAAACAAAGGAAGACUCACCAACAUGCAAAUUGUUUAUUUUUGAUCACCUCAUACUAAUAUGCGACUACCCAAAAAAUAAAUUUGCAGAGAUCUUCAUUAGAGAAGAGCCUAUAUUCAUGGCUAGGCUAGUUGUAUUAAAAAAGGACACCGGCUUCUUUCCUCAAGACGAGUCCUUUGAAGAGCUCUCUCCUCUACUGUUGUUUGAGAUAGGAGGAGACAAAGCCCAGGGACUAUAUUUCCAAGACAAGGGGGAAAGAGAUGUAUACUACAACAUAAUUCAAAAGGCGAUACUUCAAGCCAGAUCGAAGCUUCGAAGCGAUGUAACUAUUGAGGAACUUCCUUUCAAUAUAGAUGAGCCAGUGAAGUAUGUAUGCAAGGCAACCGACUUCGAUUGGUAUGGGGAAAGCCUAUCUUCUUCAGGUAGCCUGGAGGAGGAGAGUUUUUCGACUCCGUCCGAAGAAGAGAAAUCUUUUUCUGAAGAUAGUGAGGAAAAGGAGGUGGAGGUAGAAGACAAUGAAUUAAUAGAGAUUGUGAAUAGGUUUUUGGAGAUCAAGAAGAAGAACUCUGAGGAAGAAAAAAGACAGAGCGAAGAGACAGACCAGAUUGGAAGCCAGACUAAACCAAAAAAGGGCCAGUCCUUGUGGAAAAUCCUAUUUCCAACAGCUGACUUCUUUGUGAGCAGCAUCCAACUCCCUCCUCCCUUGAAUAGAAGAGACGAUGCAGAAUAUAUCUUUGCUCAAAAGAAUAUGUACAUUAUAGCAACAAGCGAUGGUGUCUGCAGGUUCUUCAAUAAUAGGAUCGAUAAGAUCCUGGAAAGGAAGGUCAAGAAGAUAAUUUAUGAUUCUACAUACGAGAUAAUGCUAUAUCAAUCGGAAUCCAUUCUUUAUGCGUCCCAUUUCAACGUUGAGUCAACAAGCCUGGAAGAAAAUGUUCUGAAGGAUGAUAUCGAAGACUUUUUCUAUGGAAUAACAAAACAGGGCCCAUGCAUUGCGUCUACAGACUCCGGGGACGGUAAAUCUUUCUCGAUAUUUCUUUUUCUGGCAAUUGUGUCCAACCGUUCAAUUGUGAUUGAGCUUUCUCGAAGGCUGUAUGUUGGGCUUCAGGUAUAUAAUGUUUUCUUCUGCUCAGACAAGAUUGUGAUAGCAUCCAAAGACUUCGAGAUUAUUGACAUGGAGACACUUCGGACAGAAGAGCUCCUACAGAUCUAUGAUCCGUUCAUCCCUGUGCUUUUCCAAGGGCUCCAAGGCAUAACUGCAAGAUCGAUAUUCCCGGUCUCGCCACAUGAAUUCCUCUUGUGCUUUGAUUCCAUAGGGUUUAUAGUUGAUGAAAUAGGAAAGCUAAAGCGUACAGAUGUUAUCUUCCUGUGGAAUUGUGUCCCAAUAGAGUUUAAAGUGAUUAGGAACUACGUUAUUUGCAUUGGGGCAAAUGUCAUCAAUAUAUUUUGUCUCAAGACUGGACUUCUGGUUUUUAGCAAAUUCCAGGAUGGACUACGGUUUGUGACCGGAAGCCUUGAACCACUUGUGCAUGAUGGGAGGAAGUUCUAUAAGAUAAUAUUUGGAGAGGAUAGCGAAGAGGAAGAUAUACCAGAUUCACAAAGUAAGGAUCAGGAUCGAAAAGAAGGGAGUAAGGAGCAAUGA